AUGGUGUUAAGCGAUGAUGUCAAAGACGAAAUAGACGCUAUAGAUGCUAUAUACCCAGAUCUUUUAACAAAGGUCAAUGAUGACAGAAUUAAAAUAAAAGUCCCACAACAUGAGAACUUCACUCUACAAAUUUCAUUUCCAACGGACUAUCCUACCUCAGAGCCACCACACCUGGUUGAGGUGAGCACUUCUACAAAAAUAUCUAACCUUUAUGAUACAAAAUAUCUACUACAUUUAUUCUCGGAAGUCCUUGAUUCAGUGUUCCAUCCAGGACAAGUUUGCAUAUUCGACUUUUUAACAGAAUUGGAUGGUGUGCUUUACGCAGAAGACGACACUGACUUAAGAGCUGAUACGGCGAGUGAUGAAAUUUCAGACGGUAUUGAAAACUUAAAAAUUGAUCCGUUUGAAGGAUGGAUUGCCAGUGACCCAAUUACCGAUAGAAAGAGCACAUUCAUUGCAUUUGCUACCAAAGCGGACUCUGAAGAAGAGGCCUUCACAAAGCUGGACUUGUUGAGAACGGAUAACAAGAUUGCAAGAGCGAACCAUUUGAUGAUAGCUUGGAGAAUUAAGGGCGAAAAUGGGGUUAGUUUUCAGGAUUGUGACGAUGAUGGUGAGACUGCUGCUGGUGGUAGAAUGUUGCAUCUAUUGACCGUAAUGGACGCAUGGAACGUAAUUGUUGCAGUUGGAAGAUGGUUCGGUGGGGUACAUAUCGGGCCUGAUCGUUUCAAGCACAUAAACUCUACUACAAGAGAAGUCAUAGUGAAGGGGAACUUUGCAACGCCCGCUACCGGUGGUGGUCUCACGAACAAUUCGUCCAAGAAAAAGAAGUAG